AUGAGCAAGUACUUUGUGACCAUUUUGUGGCUACUUCCGGUGCUAGCCGCGGCCCUGCCAGCCAAUGACAAACCUGGAAACGAAAACGACCUCAUGGCGACCAUCUACAGCGACUGUCUGAAGAAGGAGUCGAUCAACUGCAUCAAAUACAAAGUAUUUUCGUACGUGGACAAGAUGCUCGUUGAUAAGGAGGAUAUCACGCUCACGGACGGCAUCACUGUGGUCAAGACGUCGAACGCCGAGGAAGGUGCACCUAGAUCAAUCGAGUCUAGCGAUUUGGAUACCCUUUUAUUCGACCGUCUGGGAAGAUUCUUGAGGACGCAUUCUGUCAAAGUCGACCUCAAGGGAACCGAUAUCCUUGGCGCCAUUGAGUCUGCCGGUCGAAGUUUCGAGGACUUUACCGACAAUGCUGUUGAAAGUCGUGGCAAGAAGAAGAAGGCACAAAAGAUCCUCGGUCCGUUGAUGAUGGCCCUGGCCCUGAAGGCAGCAGCCCUGUUGCCCUUGGCCCUCGGUGCGAUCGCCGCCAUUGCUGGUAAAGCUCUUCUGGUCGGCAAAAUCGCCCUUGUAAUUUCCGCCAUCAUUGGGUUGAAAAAGCUGCUCAGCUCUAGCGGAGGAAAGCACGUGACAUACGAAGUUGUGUCGCAUCCUCAUCACAGCAGUAGCCACAUUGUCAGCCACGAUGACGGCCAUGGUGGUGGUUACGGUGGCGGUGGCGCUGAUUAUGGCGGUGGUUAUUCCGGAAGCAGUGGCCACGGCUGGGCCAGGAGUUUACCUCAAGAUGCUCACGAGUUGGCUUAUCGCGCUCAUCAACCUCAAUCACAAGCAUGAAGAAUCUCGUAAAAAAUGUUCGGUCUUCGACGUUCCUCAUUUUCCUCUUUUCCUC